GUUAAUAAUUAACAAUACAAUUAAUAUUUAGAAAAGCAUUAAGAAAUAUUAUAUCAUAAUACAAAAAACAGAACGAUAGAUAUGUUACUAAACGUACAAAAUUUACUAACAGAAGGUAAUCGAUCACCAAUCUAUAAUACGUCUUCGAUUCGAGUAGAAGAGCAUACAAAAAUAUUUGCGUCUAUGUGUCCUGAUGAAAUUCUCGAUCAUUUUGACGAUUACGAAACUAGAGAAUAUCACACUACAUUAAUGCUUGGUGACGUGUCAGGCUUCACAGAUCUCACGGAAAAGUACACAAAAAUAGGUUUAGGAGGUCCAUCAAAAUUAUCGGAAAUUCUAAAUAGUUAUAUCGGAUUAAUGGUGCAGGAGAUUCUAUCGCAUAACGGCGAUGUUUUAAAAUUUUCCGGUGACGCGUUUAUCGUAAUGUGGAAACGUCAAGAAGGAAUGCUCAUGCGUGACAUAGCAAUAGAAGCGAUACAGACUGCUUGUAUUAUACAGAAACAUUUUGGAACAUAUGACACUGAAGUUGGAGUAACGCUCAAAGUAAAACUUGCAAUUGCUUCCGGAAAAACGUAUUUUACAUCUAUUGGUGAUUCAAAAACGAUGUCUUAUUAUGUCAUCACUGGAAAACCUGUAUGGGAUGUGAAGUUUCUCCAAGGCUUAUGUCGAGGUGGUGACAUUCUUGUGGCACCCAGUAGCUGGCAAUGGGCAAAUCCCAACGAAUACAUUCACGAAAAAUUGCCAGACGGUACACAUACUUUGAUCAUAGCUUGUUUAUCAACGUGGUAUGGCAGAACGUAUGACAUCUACAAUCAUGAAAUAA